AUGUCAAGACCCGUCCUAGAAGAAGUCGACGAUGUCGACAACAUGGAUAUGGACAUCGCAGAGUUCGAUCCAACCCUCAGAACUCCAUUAGCUCCAGCCCGUGCGGCACCAACUGUGGUUAGGUCGCAGGACCAAGAACCUCCGCUUUUUCCAGGAGCUCCCAGUACACCCAGGACCCAGACACUUGCCCAGGCAGAAGCCCAGAAGAAUGUUAUUGACCCAGCGAAGUUCUCCCAGGAAGAACGGGAGCAUUUGAAGCGGUUUCAGAUCGUUUAUCCUUGUUAUUUCGACAAAAAUCGAUCGCACAAAGAAGGACGGCGAGUCAGUGAAUCGCGGGCGGUGGAAAAUCCACUAGCAAAGACCAUUUCCGAUGCGUGUCGCUCGUUCAACUUGCCGGUGAUUUUGGAGUUGGAUAAGUCUCAUCCUCAAGAUUUUGGGAACCCUGGACGGGUAAGAGUGCUCAUCAAAGACAACAGUAAUGGCGGGCAAUUGUCCGAUCCCAAGUACCAGACGAAACGGAGCUUGCUCAACAGCAUCGCCGAGUACCUUGCGUCGCAUCCAACCACUUUGGAUAGUAUCAGUAAGAAUAAUGGAGUUCCUUGGCCUCAAGAAUUCGAUGGGUUUGUGCCGGAAAAACUUCCUCGUGUGAAGGGUUUCAAGAUGAACACCAUUGUUCCCGUUCACUCGAGAGUCACGUUGAAGCAUCCUAUGACCAAGACGAUCUAUGACCCUGAACCCGAACAGCCCAAGAUUCCCGCUGCUCCAAAGCAGCCCAAGAAGAAGGUGAUGAAGAUCAGGGGAUGA